AUGGCGUCUGCAGCGUAUCUCCAUGCCUCAUCAGUCGGCUUCAAAGACGCCAAGGCCUAUGAUACGCACCGACCGUCGUACCCAUCAGAGGCAGUCCAGAGCCUCUUGACCCAUCUUGGCCUGGCGGGCAAGUCCAAGGCAAGGAUCGUCGACUUGGCAGCUGGUACGGGCAAGUUCACCGAGCUGUUGUCGGCGCGGCCAGAGGAAUAUGAGAUCCUGGCGGUGGAGCCGACGGCGUCGAUGAGGGAGACGUUGGCUGAGAAGAAGCUGAGGGGGGUUGAGGUGAAGGAGGGCACCGCGGAGAAGAUGGAUGUUGAGGAUGGAUGGGCAGAUGGAAUUGUGGUGGCCCAGGCGUUUCACUGGUUUGCGACUGAGGUUGCACUGGCAGAGAUCCAUCGAGUUCUGAAACCAGGAGGCUCAUUGGCUUUGAUCUGGAACGUGGAAGAUUACAACAAGCCAAGAUCGUGGCCGGCGGGCAGCAAGUGGGAAGACACGCUCAACGCCCGCAUCUUCGUGCUGCCCGACUUUGGCCCGCCGAGGUUCCGCAACAAUGAGUGGCCGCAGGUGUUUGACCGCCAGGCCAAGUCUGCGAAGCCUUUGUUCUCGACGCCGAUUGGGGAGGAGAAGCUGCCGUGGACGGUCUGGCUGGAAAAGAGCGCGGUGUGGGACCGGAUCAACACGCUGAGCCAUGUGUUUACCUUGGAGGGCGAGGACAAGGCUGCGUUCAAGGUGCUGUUUGAUGAGGAGGUGAACGAGAACAAUGGCGAGAUCAAUGAAAAGGGCGAAGUGGCCGUGCACGGAAGGACUCUGGUGGCAUGGAGCAAGAAGCUGUGA